AUGUGGUGUCUCCUUCUCCUGCAGAACGUGAGGAUCGACCCCCACAGCAUCGCCUUUGGCAUGUGGAAAGACAUUCCCGUUCCUUUUUACUUCUCGGUGCACUUCUUUGAAGUGAAGAAUCCCCAGGAGGUCCUGCAGGGAGCGAAGCCAGUCGUGAAUCAACGUGGGCCCUACGUCUACAGAGAGUUCAGGUAUAAAACAAAUAUCACAUUCCAUGACAAUGACACAGUGUCCUUCCUGGAGUACCGGCAGCUCUUCUUCCGUCCGGACCUGUCCGCGGGCAGGGAGGAAGACUACAUCGUCGUGCCAAACAUCCUGCUCAUGGGGGCAGCCGUAAUGAUGGAAAACCUGCCAAACUUUGUGAAGCUCUUACUGAGCGGGGCCCUGGCUGGCCUGAAACAGGAGGCGUUCAUGAACCGGACAGUAGGAGAGAUCAUGUGGGGAUACGAAGACCCUCUUGUAGAAACACUGAAUGUGCUUGUGCCUGGCUUGAUGCCUUUCAAGGGAAAAUUUGGCUUAUUUGUUGAAUUUAACAACUCCAAUUCAGGACUGUUCACGGUGUUUACGGGCAUGAAAGACAUCAGCAGAGUUCACAUGGUGGAUUCAUGGAAUGGGUUAAGAAAAGUGAAUUACUGGCGGACCAGUGAGUGCAACAUGAUCAAUGGGACCGCGGGGGAGAUGUGGCCACCGUUCAUGACUCCAACAUCGCUGGAGUUUUACAGUCCUGAUGCCUGCAGGUCUAUGAAACUGGUGUACGAGCAGUCUGGGGAGUUUGAAGGUGUGCCCACCUAUCGCUUUGUGGCGCCGAAGACGCUCUUUGCCAACAGCACGGACUACCCACCCAACGAAGGCUUCUGCCCCUGCCUGCAGUCUGGUGUCCAGAACGUCAGUUCUUGCAGGCUGAAUGCACCCGUGUUCCUUUCCCACCCGCACUUCUACAACGCUGACCCGUUCCUGGUGAACGCUGUUGACGGCCUGCACCCCAACAAGGAGCAGCACGCGCUCUUCCUCGACAUGCACCCGAUGACGGGCAUCCCGAUGAAUUGCUCCAUCAAGCUGCAGCUGAAUCUGUACAUCAAGCAGGUGGCUGGUAUAAUACAAACAGGGAAGACUAAGCCAGUGGUCCUGCCGCUGCUGUGGUUCGCAGAGAGUGGAUCCAUCGAAGGCUCAGUCCUAAGGCAGUUUUACACCAACCUGGUGCUGAUCCCAUCUGUGCUGAACUAUCUGCAAUACAUCUUCCUUGGGCUGAGUAUCCCUCUCAUUAUCACAGCAGUUGUACUCAUGGCGACGAGUAAGAGAACCACCGAAGAGAAGAGCCUGCGUGAGCCCGACACGCAGAGCAACCCUCCUCUGUUCUCUGAGACAACGCCGCUCCUGCAAGAUACCGGUGCGCUGAACCGGGACGAUGCCGAAGCCUGAGGUGCCACCCCUUGUAAGCUCUCCCCGGGGAAACGCACCUGUGCUCUGGGAUCAGAACUGCUUUGGAUCCAGAGAGCACCCUGGAAGGUAAAGUCAUCCUGAGAACGCAGCUAGGGACUCGGCACAUCACUGCAAAGCCACGACGCAGGAUUGUGGUACCAAAACCUCCUGCACCAAGGCACAAGGUGAGGCAAAGGCUAGCUCGUUCCAGCACCUGAAACAGGAUUCAAGAACGUUUGUCUGAACGGGGCUGGUAUUUGCCAUAGCCUCUCUCUACUGGUUGGCAGGCAGGAAUGAAGACAGUCACGGGCUGAUCUGAGGAGUUAUUUUGCUACUUAAAACUGCCUGUUGCCAGGAGUAAAAGGCACUCCAAUAUGAUCCUUUAGAACAGAUAAGAUUUGUACAUAAAGCAAUGAUGGGAUUUAGUGAUCUUUUUAACUGCUGCUGUUUUACAUCCCAUAGGAAUGGGGCUUGCUAUCCUGAAGCUUUGUUGACACAGCCUGGGAUUGGACUAUCCUACAGAUCAGUUCUGGGUGCUGUCACUUCAGUGAUGACUUUCUUACAGGGUCAUCUUUCUUACAGGGUCUUACAGGAGGGUUCCUGGAGCCUGCCCAGGGUUGCUCCUGCCUCUGCAUUGAAUAAUAGAGUGCUGAUUUAAAAGCCCCGAAUCUGUGCUGUCGUCUUGAGGUCCAGGGAUUGCAGUCCAAAGCCCCUUUACUUAACCUGCUGGCUCUCUCCUCGUUUUAGAUUUAGGUGACUGAAUGAGAUAAGCCUUGCCAAAAAAACUAGUUUUGGUACAUCUGACCUGUCACUUAGCUCCCAGCAGACCAGUUGUCUCUACUGCCAGCUCAUCCACCCAGGGUCAGCUCUUCAUUGCCGUGCAUCACCAGUGCUGUAAGGUGCUUGUGGCACUUUGCCCGGGCUGCCAGCAAGCAGGAGGGGGGGGGUCAGCUUCUGCCUAUGCCCUUCCUUGAGCAUUAACAAUGGUAUUUGUGCUUUUGAGAGGGAGGUAGCCAUGUGCAGCCAUGAUGGUAAUGAUGGCCUUAGUAGGAUCUGCCAAAAGUAGUGCAGACCUCUGAAAUGAGGUCUUGGGGGAUCUGGGGUGGGAAGUUGACUGGGAGGGAUGGGCUGAGGUCACGCCAAUGGGGAAGAAGCCCUGAAGCCCAGGAGUAUUUCAGGGUUAACUUAUCAAUCAGUGGUUGUCUACUCCACCUGCCUUCCCAGCUCCCACUGUGGGAGACUGGGUAACCCUUUGGGAGGCUGAAAGAAUCAAUGCUGGUGCCUCUGGAAGGGCGAAAUGCAAGGGGUAGGGAAACUUGUCUCUGCACCAGAGUGCUUCCAGCGCUGUGUAGCACAGAUACUGCCAUAAUCUGGAAACCACUGCAUUUGCCUAUGGCAACUCUGUGACCUUCUGGGGCAUUAUUUUUUCUUUCAUGCCACCAUCCCUCUUACUAGACAGGAAAAGAAUAGGAGACAAAACCACCACAAGCAGCUCCCAGGCUAGCGCAGUCCUUGCUGGCCAUGUCCCCAGCCCUGCAGUUGAGGUCAGGCUGUCUUACCACUGAAGAAGCCCAGCUAUAGCACAGACAAUGAAGGGAGAAGCUAGGAGCUGUCAAGGACUUGGUCGGUAGGCAGAAGUUGGCUAGUUCGGGCCUAGAUGCCCUAGAAGUACCAUGCAGGCAGGCUGUGGCUGGCAAAGUCCUUCCUGGGGCCAGUGUUGCCUUGGGGAGUUUCUGUGGCGUGAUCCUCACUGAGGAUGGUGCUUAAACUACAGCUGUAAAUGCUCUCUGGUCUUGAAUCCAAAAUUAUCUGCUGGCAAACGAUGGCUGACAAGCUAUGGCCUCAGCAAGCAGUGACCAAAACGGGAACGCAACAGAGGCACCGUCUCAGAUGAGGCACUAGAGGACCCUCGAUGCACCAAUUCACAUGAACAAGACCUAACUGUGUGAAGCGAGACUAACGGUUGAUCCAAGAUAAUUCCCCUUGAGCUCACCUACCUGGUCAAGGUUUUGAUGAUGUACUGUGCUAAUUGCUUUUUGUACUAGUAAAACGUGAAUGAACUACUGCAA